AUGCAGGGUUUUCAAGCUGAAAAUUCCUUCUCAUUGUAUUGGGAAGACAAUAUUGGUCUUACAAACCCUCCACAUUGGUUAGCUGCCAAGGCUUCUCCAUUAAGCCCCCAUCAAGUGCAAGUGUUUAUGAAACUUAUGGAGGAAAAUAAAUUUGCUUCUCACUUGCAUUUGUUUUGUAAGCAAGCUAAUGUUGUUUGCUCUACAAAUGCACUGGUGAAGAAGACAAUGGAUGACACAACCCUACCACCAAUAGCUCAAUGGAAUCAUAUCAAAGAGAAAUAUGAUCGACUUCCAAAUGAAACACCCCUAUCGGUUGCUACCCAAGGGGGAUUGCCAUAUUUUCGCGAGUCAAUGGUGAAAGAGGGAGGUUUCAUUCCUGUUCCUGAUUUAAGGGACCCAAUGUCAUAUAAAUCGUUCUUACCACGAUCUCUGGCAUCAAAAAUCCCAUUUUCCUUUGCUCGGAUCAAAGAAUUGAAGAAGAUUUUUGAUGUUAAGGAUGGCUCAGAAAUGGAUGAGUAUAUUCAAAACACCCUUGAGAUAUGUGAGAAAAGUCCCAUUCGAGGCGAACAAUGCACUUGUACGACUUCCGCCGAAGAUGUCAUAGAUUUUGUUGUCGAGAAAUUAGGGCACCAUGUAAGAGUAUGGAGUACUGAGAGUGUCGAAGGAUCUUAUGAGAAUGUCACAAUUGGAGCUGUGAGACUCAUCCAUGGAAACCUCUCUGAACCACCAACAUUAUGUCAUAGUAUGCCAUUCCUAUUUCAAGUCUAUUAUUGCCAUGUUUUUCAAAAUGUUAAAGUAUAUGAAGUUGAUAUACUUACUAGGAAGAAAGUGAAUUAUGUGAUCAUGGCAUGCCACUAUGACACAACAAUGUGGGAUCCAAACAAUCUUGCUUUUAAGUUGCUGGGUUUUGGCCCAGGCCUAAUUGAAGUCUGUCAUUGGCUAAAUGAGAAUGCAUUGGUCUGGACAAAGACUCUAUAG